CUUUCUGUGGAAAGCCUCAUGGGUCCCGGCGCAAUCACGCUGCAGGACAACGAGGCGGAAGACGACGCGCAGCAACCGCAGCGGAGCUCUGAGGAGACGCGGACGUCGUACGGGCGGGACCGCAACAGGGCGUGUUGGGCCAAGAGUGUCGAGGUCACGGACUACGUCAUCGUGAACGGCAGUGCGACGAACAUUGGGGCAUUUGUGGUGUGGAAUAUACGGGUGCAGACGUUAAGCGGACCAUACAUGAACAUACGAAAGCGCUACUCCGAGUUCGACGAUUUCCGCCAUCAGCUCAUACAGACCUUCCCAGCCUUCGAGGCUGCCGUCCCCGUCCUGCCACGCAAGAGUGUUAUCUCGAGGUUCAGGCCCCGAUUCCUGGAGAAGCGGAGGGCCGGUCUGCAAUACUUUCUCAACUGUAUUCUAUUAAACCCAGAGUUUUCCGGCUCGCCGGUCCUCAAGGAAUUUUUGUUUUCAUAAAUUGUGUGAACCCUUGCAAAACCCGUGGAGAAGAGCAGCGGUUUCUUAUGGGUCGAGAGGGGCGCGCCGGGGGCGCCUCCUGUGUCACAUCUUUCUUGAAUACCCUUUUAACCCCUUCAUUUUUUGGUUUCCCAGCACCCCUCAUGUAUAGUCAAUAUGGAUUUAAUGAUAAUGAUGGGCAUAUGUCACAUGUCCCUUUGCAUCUCAGAUGGAGAGUGAAAAAGAAGAGACACGGGUAACAUGUGGUCACGCCUUGGGAGAUUGAAGCAUGCGAUCUGGUCAUCCAUGCGUGAUUAAGGAUAUCAUUAAUGCCAUCUUUAUAAUGUUACACGAUUUGGUCCGGCCG